AUGGAUGUGAAAGAGCUCCGUUUCUAUGAUGAUCAGCAGAACGAUGGAAAUGGGCUAUCGGAUCAAGGCAGUUCAACAGCUAAUGUUAUGGGAAAAACUGCAAUGAAUGACGAGUGUUACGUGAACAAAGGAUUUAGUGAUUCAAGUAGCUUAAAAGAAGAAUCAUCCAAUAAGAUUGAGGUAGAACCAAAUCAACUCUCUAAAAGUGUGAUUAUAAUUUCUGAUGGACCUCCACUGACGACGCAAGACGGGUACAUUAAUAAUGCAUUCGAAGAUGGCCCUCAGAAAGCAGAUAAGGUGAAUGAUAAAGAUAACGGGACGGUGCCACGGGCACAUGACGUCACUGCCAUUACUUCCUCUAUAAUAGAGAACCAAAUUACAAAACUGGAUGAAGACAAUAAUGGACUGGUGGCCGUUAAUUUGGAAACGAAAGAAAAGAAGUGGAAAGUACAAUCUGUCGGAUGGGAUUCAAAUAAGAGUAUAAUUUUGUUGGGUUUGAUAUUGGCUUUUGAUAUAUGGGCAGCAAUAUUUGUUUGUUUUAAAACAAACCUAUUCCCCAACAUUUUGAAUUAA